GAGCAUUCACUGCCUUAGCAACCGCGGAGUGAGACCGAGGCGCGGCCGGGUGAGAGGUCAGCAGGAGAGACACCGAGCCAGGCAACGGGCAGCGGCUCGGAGUCACCGGGAGGAGCGCAGGCCGAGAUUUCCAGGAAGACGACCAAGGCUUUAAAAGGGGUACGAGCAGCUGUCGCCCUUCUAGGCUUCACCAAAGAUGUCUACCAAAACAACCAGCACAAAUAACAUAGCACAAGUACGCAGAACCGUCCAGCAGCUGAAAGUGGAGGCGUCCAUAGAAAGAAUAAAGAUUUCCAAAGCAUCAGCCGACCUCAUGCGCUACUGUGAUGAACACGCCAAGAACGACCCUUUACUCGUGGGCAUUCCUGCCUCAGAAAACCCCUUCAAGGAUAAAAAGCCGUGCAUUAUAUUGUAGUAUCCAGCGCGAACAUCUCCACCGUCUCUCGUCACUUACACCGAGCAGAUCCUUACUCCCAUGAUACCCAGGGGUUCUGGUUUCCACAUAAAAAGAAAAAAAAAAAAUAGAAAAAAAAAAAAUGCAAACUCUUUAAUCUAUACCAAUGAAUAAUUCCCCCCCCCCCCCCCCCCUUUUUUUUUUUUUUUUUAAAUCUUUCUUAAACCAUACUUCUUAUUUUCGGGACUGGGGGCGGUCAUUUUUGUUGUAUUUCAUGUUUUUUUUUCUUUUCUUUAAUGUGCAGUGUCUACUCGUCUAGUCUACGUAUUGCUAGGAAAAUUCUUAUCGAGACCAAAGUUGCUUCCGUUUUCUGCACAGAUUAGCGCUGCAGGAUGCAAAUAGUGAAGUGCAACUCGAAGUCCGUUGCCAUAGACCUGACCUUUUCUCAUUCCAAGGCCUUUGCCCGGGUCCAUUUUUAUCUUCUAAAUCCAGAAAAUCUUUAAUUACUUGAACCCAUUGCUCAUGUAGACUAGGCCAGAGGCCCCCAUCCCCCUCGAUAGUUCCUAUAGGUUCUGUGCUAGUCGGGCCACAGAAUGACUGCUGAUACUGAGUGUAGGCACUGGAGGUACUUUAAGGCACCGUAUAUGACCACUCUACAUUCCCUCUACUCAUGCAUAGAGUAUUUUACGGACCCUUGGCGACGGUUGUCACUCCAGUCCAUUUCUGUUUAUUAGGUGGUGCUAGCAUCCCACCGGAGAAGCAAACGGGCAAAGUCCUCUACAGAGAAUCCAUAUAGACGCUGAGCUAUCUGGAAGCCCCAUCCACCCAUGUAGCACGAGGGACAGUUUUUAUUUUGUUUUACCAAAGAAGUUGCAUGCUCUAUCUGCAUCACCGCUGGGGAGGAUCUUCUGCUCUUACGCUUGGAAGCCUUGACUUGCAGAUUUGCAUUACGGACAGUAUUGCAUUGCUCCUGAAGGAGCGCGACACAAGAUUAUUGCAGCAUCAUUUACGGAUCCCUAAGGCCCAGGCUGUUAACCAAUGCCAGUCAGCUGCAGGACAAUCCUGCCUGGCUCCAUGCAAACCAACAGGCUGGAAACCUGGCGUCACGAGCCCGGGCCCGACGCCUCAUCUAAAUCACCAGUGUUUAGUAUUGGUCCCACCAUGGGGGUCACCUAAGAUGUCUCCGUCCUUCUCAUCACGUUGGUUCUUGUUUCAUCUUCACGUCAGUGUUUUAAAGCCAAGUAUUGAAACCAUGAAGCCAAAGGACUUUUUUUGCACUCGGUUCCUCGUCAACGGUUUUUAAAAGAAACACCCCCCCCAUCAUAUUGUUUGAGCACCUAAAAUCAGCCAAGAAAAUUGUGCCGAAAAAUUAUAUACUUUUUGCGUCCUAUCCUUUUUAUUUUCUCUCUCCAAACGACUAAAGCCGGUGCUUCGAGAUAACGCCAUGAACCGUAGAAACUCCCUACGUAGUGAGAAGACUCCAGUCUGUUUCUAUUAGAAAGCCUCCUUCUCCGUGUGUAUUUUUUUAAAUUGGUGAAGUAUUUUAUGACCUAGUGAACUGGGGGCGGGAUUUUUUAUUUGAUUUUUUUUUUUUUUUUUUGUACGAGGCGCUAAUGUGAUGUCUUGUGAUGGCGGGCGGUUGUUUCUAUCGAUGUGAGAAUUUCUAGUACACUCCUCAUGUGCCAUAGCGGUGGCUCUUGUAUAUAUGUAUUCAUGGCUUGCCAGGACAGAGAGGGUUAACGCAUUCUACACGAUGUUCUAGGGGUACGAUGGGUGUUGUAGUCCAACGCCUGGUUGGUUAAGGAUCGCUGUGUUUUUAAUUAAAAAUGAUCCGUAUUACAAUGGCUGCCGAUGUAUUUUACACACCGCUGGGUGUUCUGUCCUCGACCCUCUUCUCAGACCAGCCAUUUUGUGGGCCGCAUCGACGGCCGGAACAAUCGUGGAAGCCAUUUAUUUUUUUAUUUUUUUUUUAUUUUUUUUUACAAGCCCCCUUGGUGCCAUUGUAUAAUGGAUGUGGGCUUGCACAAAAUGGCUGCUCAGGGGGUGCAAGGAGAAGGUAUAUUUCUAAGGGGGGGGGGGGGGGGGGUCUUAUCAUGACACUUUAUAAAAUAAUAUACUUUAUAAGGGGUAUACGGGCGUUUUAUUGGGGGGUUGUAUGACCACUAACAGACCAAAAUAUGGGAACGCAGAUCCUCGUGUGGAGAGGUUGUCUAUAAAUCCAGUCGGGUCGCUGCUUUAAUUUUUUAAAGAAAAAAAAAACAAAGUUUGAUUCUGGUUCCUAGGGACCUGAUUUAGUUUGGUUGCUAGGGGAUUGAUUGGUUGCUUAGGGACUUGGUUUCCAGGGGGCUUGUUUCUCGUAACAACCAGUCACAGUGCAGCUUUCAUUUGUCGAAUGCAGAAUGAAAGCUGUGCUGUGAUUGGUUGCUUUGGGCGACCGUUUCCCAUUCCGGUUUAGCCAGUUUGAUCUGAACACUGGUUUCCAUGGGCAACAAGGCCGAUCUCUUUUUUUUUUCACAACGAUCCUGGUUUUAACUCUUUCCCAUCUAUAUUUGUCCAUAGGAUGCAAGCCAUACCCUCUUCCCCCCCCCCCACUAUCAGUAAUGGCACGGUGGGGGUCAUUUCUAAUCCGUGCUCUGCUGAUAAGAUUAUACGUGUUUUGUGACACAAAGCCAAACUAGGAAAUGACCGCAAGAAUCGAGGAGAACGGCAAGAGGACUGUGUGUGGUGUAAUCAACCAUAUAGCAGGGAUUGUGCUAAUGGAUGAUGGGAGUAGUGACUGGGACCAGGCAUCGUCUUCUGGGGCGGAGGGCGGUGGGAUUUAGUCAGGAAUGCUCCUGUCCUUCCAUCGUAGGACAUGUGUGAACUGGGCCCCAUAAAGGGAAGUUUCACUGAAUCAAGGACUAGUAGCAGUUCUGGUCCAGGUGAGGGGGAAGGUGACAAAAUGGCAGCCAUCACCCCGAGAGUGGUCAUUAUGUGAAUGGGGGAGGGAUAUUUAUCAUGAGGGUUAUAUUUGUAGUCCAUUUUCGGUCAGUCUGCGCUGGAGUACUUUGCGCCAAAUUUAAUCAAACGGCACAUGUUAAAUUGGACUUUUCUUUUAACCUAAAACUUUUGUCUAGAAAAGCUCCUCCAGUUUUCUGCUGUGGCGAAAGCUGGCAAUAGGUGUUCAGUUUCCCCACAGUGCCACAGCAGGGGAGACACGGUAUUACAUGGUGUCCAUUCAAAUCAAUAGGUUGCCUGUGUAAGACAGGACGGGUCCUCCAGCACGUGCCGCUCUUUGUAACCGCUCUCCACUCUAGCCAAACGAUCCUGAAAAAAACGACUCCGCUCUAUUAACCCAGAAUUCCCUAAAAGGGGCGGGCUUUGUAAACCUUCAUCCAUUUAUGCAAGUGCCACUGAACAGGAAUGUACCGCUCCAUCCUGGCGGACUAAACGUAGAAAUACCUUGCCAGUGGCGGGUUUCCGCUACACCAAUGAUCUCUGAUCCCUGAGCCAAUGCCAAGGAUGGACUUAAAAUCUUAAGGAUUGGCCACUGAUUGUCUCCGUAGUCUACUGCUACGGCCGUCCGCCAUCUUGACAAAGCACCUUCCCAGUCCUACUACACAUUCCUGAAGCCACCAGUGGCAUCUAUGUAUUAUGUCUAAAACGCUAUUUGCCAUUUUGGGGGGGGGGGGGGGGGGGGGUGGAUUAAAAAAAAAAAGUUAAUAAAAAUGAUCUUUUGCGCCACGAAAAAAAAUAAACGUUGAAUGUGAUUUAAUUUUUUUUCUAAAUCAUGAUGCAACAUUGUGUUCAGUUGUGUUUUACCCUGUGAGAUGAUUGGU